GUUGAAAAGUCCGUGCGCCCCUGAACGCUCGCGGACCUGGGUCUCUCCAACUCUGACAGACCGAGCGGAACGUGCGAGUGCGCUGCAGUGGUAGAACAACACCUUUGGGUUUUCGGGUGGACGCUUACUCCGCUUCGUCACAAGAAGAAGGUUUUGAAGACAGUUUGGGUGCUUCGCGCAGAGAGACACGCAGACUAAGUGGAUACAAAGUUUUGGGAAGAAGCCACUCGAGCGCAUUCCCGCGGACUCCGGGUUACUUUACCAAGAGUUUUAGGUCAACGUCACCAUGCUGCCCUACUUCCUGCUCCUCUUCCUCUCAUCUGGUUUUGUAUUAUCCUCUGACUGCCCAGCAGACUGUUCCUGCCAGGCCCAUGGCUCAAUAUUCUGCAUUCAACGACGCUCCAGCAAUGUGCCUCGUGUCCCCCCCACUACCCAAAAUCUAUACAUCUUUCAGAACGGCAUCAACACUUUGUCUCAAGAGGACUUCAAAGGUCUGGGAGAGUUGGAGAUGCUAGAUCUGAGCCAGAAUGAGCUGGCAGAGAUUCCAGACAGUGUGUUUGAGAUGCUCUCAAAGCUGAAGAACUUGGACCUGUCCACCAACCACAUUACCCACAUUUCUAAAGGCAGUUUUUCUGGGUUGGUCCAGCUUGAGAGGCUGUAUCUCCACGCAAACAACAUUCAGAGCAUACAUAUGGAAGCUUUUGAGAGUUUAGAGAUGCUACUGGAACUCAAGCUCCAAGGGAACCAGCUCACCUCUCUGCCAUCUCUUCAUUUCCCCAAGCUUCUGCUUCUAGACCUCAGCCACAACAACAUCCCAACUCUGGGACCCUCAGACCUCCAGACUCCCCACCUGGAAGCCCUUAAGGUGGCCUCUCUGGGGCUUACCUCUCUGGAUGAAGAUCUCAUAGCCUCUCUGGGGAACCUCCAUGAGCUUGACGUCUCCACAAACCAGUUAACUGAGGUACCUCAGGCUCUAAAGCAGGAUUCCCUCAAGGGGCUGAUCAAGCUCAGCCUGGCUGCUAACCCAUUGGGCGAGCUCAGGGUGGAAGACUUCCAGAAACUAAGUGGACUUCAAGAACUGGAUCUCAGUGGUCUUAAUAUUCAGGGAUUUUCACAAAGUUUUUUCCAGACCUUCCCUAGGUUAAUGCACCUGACAGCAGCUGAGAACCCAUUUAAUUGCAUGUGUCCAUUAGCUUGGUUCCAUGUCUGGCUAAAAGAGAAGGAUGUGACUCUUGGGAGGCCUGAGGAAACCAGAUGUCACUUCCCUUUAGUUAAUGCUGGGAAGAUGCUUUCAGCACUGGAGCACAAAGAUUUUGGCUGUCCACCCACCACAACAGUGCUGAUUGGCUCCCCCAUUGGAAGUACUCAUGUUCCCUUGAUACCCACCACAUCUCCAGAAACCAUUCAUACCAACGCCAUUCCUCCUCCUCCUCCUCCUCCUCCACCCAGUGAGACAACAGUCUCCUCAAAAACAGACAGUCCUCUUUCACCAGAACCUCCAGUCUCUCCAAGUUCCAACAGCGGGGAGGUAGGGGAGCACAUGUGCCCAUCAAACAUCUGCCUCAAUGGGGGCACUUGUAAUUUUGACCCAUUAGGUCAACUCAGCUGCGUGUGUCUUUCAGGAACCUUUGGCCUCUACUGUGAAAAUGUGGAUGAGGUUCCUGAGCAGCCGAAACCAUCAGCAACAGAGGUUUUGAUAGUUGCCCAUGAGAUGCCCAUUGAACUUGAUGCCAUCAGCUCACGGCAGGUCACAUCCACAUCUAUUCUUCUUGACCUGCACCGUUUCAUCGAGACACGGCCACAUAUCCGUGGCAUCAGUUUGACCUACCGUAACCUAUCCGGGCCUGACCGCCGCCCUAUUAUCCUGAGUGUACCGGCAUCCUACCCUGAGUACACUUUGCGUGGUUUGAGACCAAAUUGUACCUACUCAGUCUGUGCCAGUCCCCUGGGUGAAAGAAUUAACUCUAGGUCCAACAGCUCUGUAGAAACAGGGUCGUGUACAGAGGCUCGCACUGAAGGAGUUCCACCGUCAUCCCCAGAGUCCAGGGUGGAGACACAGAGCCCGCUGACAUACACUCUCAUCCUCGCCCUAGCUGCACUGGCCCUGGUGCUUGGGUUAGCUGUGGUGGUAGGGACAAUCAUCUGUGUCCGAAAAAGAAGACAGGCAAAGGCAGGAAUGGAGCUUGAGCUUGGCCCGGCAGAUCCUGAUCCCAUGGAACUGGAGGGGAUCAAGUCCUGCCUUGAGAAUGGGGGAAAUGGUACACUACCCCACAAACAGCCGGAGAUCGACCGCUGUCACACUCCUCAGCCGUCGCCAUCCUUGCACCAAAAUGAGGGUUUGGACUAUGAAGUAUCCUUGAUGCAAGGACACUGCCCAUCAAAUAACAAUCUAACAUCCUUAAAGCCAUCUUAUUUUUAACAUGCAAUAAAAUAAUAACACUUUUUUAAAAGACUGUACUUGCCCAUUAGGAAUUGAGAGAUCCCGCUAUGGCUUACUUAGUGGUUAAAAAUCUAAUUUUCAUUCCAAUUUCAGAUUUCAAUAAUUUGAAAAGUGGCGCUUACUAUCUUUUUUUUUGUCUAAAUGAUAACACUACGGACUGGAUCAUUUGUUUAGAGCUACUAAAUGAUGAAUUUAGGAUGACAGCAUAUUGAAAUGUGCUAAACCACUGCGGGACUAUGAUCACAAUGUGGUUUAAAGUCAUCAAGCAGAGUUUGAUGGUGGUGAAACCUAAACUAAGUGCAAUUGACUAGAAGGGUCCUAGUAGCAGACUUAAUAUGGAAGUGCCUUUUUGCAUUGUCACCAUUGGCUCAUUUAAAAUAAAUCUUUCUUUAUAUAAAAGAAACUAUACAAAUGAGCUGAAAUCCUGCUGCUGGAUUUGGGAGAUACAGUUUGGAGAAAAGUGCCCCAGUGGUUGGGUUAUAGAAAUGGAGUAAGUUACUGUGGUUUAAAUAAAAAAACAGCGAUGCAGAUGUGUGAUGCUUGGACCACACGCUCCGGUAAAAAAAUGGUGUUUUUGACCAACCACUCCAUGGGGAUUAUGAAUCGAACUUGCACUGAAAAGAAAUCUUUCUUUUCCUUUCCAGUGUCCCAGUCAUAAACUGCCACAAGACUGAUGAUGGUCACAUAAAGGAAUGCAAUAACAUAAAGACUUUGA